AUGUCCACGUCCAGUUUGAUAUCGUCGCAAGCAAUUGCUAAGCAUAAUACUGCAUCUGAUUGUUGGAUUGUUGUGGACAAUCAGGUCUGGGAUAUUACCGACUUUAUCCACGAGCAUCCUGGCGGCCCAUCAAUUAUACUCAAAUACGCUGGGCGUGAUGCCACAGAGGCGUAUUCAGUUGUCCACUCCCCUAAUGUCAUUCGCGAGGGCCUCUCAAGGGAUAAACUCAAGGGCACCCUCGACCAGUCGACCAUCGACGCUGAAUGGCGCAAGGGCCCUCUCCAGGUGGCUGCUAAGGCUACCGACAAUUAUGAAAAACCACCAUUGAAUACUCUCAUCAGCGCACACGACUUUCAGCUUGUAGCCUCCAAGACAGCCGCUGUCAAAACAUGGGCGUUCUACUCCAGCGCAGCCAACGAUCUGAUCACUCGUGACGCAAACAAAUCAUCAUUCGACCGGAUUUGGUUCCGUCCACGGAUCCUGCGCAAUGUGCGAGAGGCCAACACCGACUCCAAGAUUCUCGGCUGUAGCGCGAAAAUGCCAUUAUUCGUGGCACCCAGCGCAAUGGUGAAGCUAAUCCAUCCUGACGGCGAGCUGGGGAUUGCCCGUGCAUGCGAAUCGAGAGGAAUCAUACAAUGCAUCUCAAAUAAUGCUUCUUUCCCGAUGAACGAGAUCACCGCCGCAGGGCCGACAUCGAGCUUCUUCUUCCAGCUCUAUGUGAACAGGGAACGAGCCAAGUCUGCAGUCCAGCUGCGCGAGUGCUCUGCUAACCCACAGAUUAAAGCCAUUUUCAUCACCGUCGACGCCGCAUGGCCCGGUAAGCGGGAGGCCGACGAACGUGUCAAGGCGGACGAGACUCUCAGUCUGCCCAUGGUCCCAGCGAAGGGCAACAACGACAAGAAAGGUGGUGGGCUCGGCCGGGUUAUGGCAGGCUUUAUUGACCCUGGUCUCACGUGGGAGGAUUUGAAAUGGGCACGAAAGCACACGCACCUCCCGCUGGUGCUGAAGGGGGUGCAAACUGCUGACGAUGCGAUGAUGGCCAUGGAGGCGGGGAUGGAUGGUAUCCUGCUGAGUAACCACGGUGGACGGAACCUGGAUACCAGCCCAGCAUCGAUAAUAACGUUGCUGGAGCUGCAUCGGCGAUGUCCCGAGAUAUUUGACCGGAUGGAGAUUUAUGUCGACUCCGGAAUCAGACGGGGAACCGACAUUCUCAAGGCCGUUUGUCUAGGAGCGACUGCUGUAGGUAUGGGCAGGAGUGUGCUCUUUGCGUCGAACUAUGGCCAGGAAGGUGUCGAGCAUUUGAUAGACAUUAUGAAAGACGAGCUCGAGGGAGCGAUGAGAAACAUCGGCAUCACCUCUCUCGACCAAGCCGGCCCUCAGUACGUCAACACGGCAGACAUCGACCAUCUAGUGCCUAACUCACCAUCUCAUCCAUACGCGAGGGCCGUUGCGCGUAACCGACAGCCAUCGAAACUAUGGAGACCUCGCUCCACCACCUCGUCGAAGUUGUGA